AUUGCAGUACAUACAAAAUAAACCAAACUCAGGCAAAGAGUGAGAGCGGCGGCGAUGGCGAACAGCAGCGACGAACCACCAUACAAGCCGUACCGUCACCUGAAAACCCUAACCGCCCACGACGCCGCCGUCGCCUGCGUCAAAUUCUCCAACGACGGAACCCUUCUCGCCUCCGCCUCUCUCGACAAAACCCUAAUCAUCUGGUCCUCCGCCACCCUCUCCCUCCUCCACCGCCUCACCGGCCACUCCGAAGGCAUCUCCGACCUCGCCUGGUCCUCCGACUCUCACUACAUCUGCUCCGCCUCCGAUGACCGCACCCUCCGCAUCUGGGACGCCACCGGCGGCGACUGCGUCAAGACCCUCCGCGGCCACACGCACGCAGUUUUCUGCGUCAACUUCAACCCUCAGUCCAAUUACAUCGUCUCUGGCUCGUUCGAUGAGACUGUUAGGGUUUGGGAGGUGAAGACGGGGAGGUGCAUCCACACCAUCAUCGCCCACACCAUGCCUGUCACCUCCGUCCACUUCAAUCGCGACGGUACUCUCAUUGUUUCCGGUAGCCAUGACGGGCAUUGCAAGAUCUGGGAUGCUACCUCGGGUACUCUGUUGAAGACUCUUGUUGAUGAGAAGAACCCUCCUGUCUCCUUUGCUAAAUUCUCCCCCAAUGGAAGAUUCCUCCUCAUUGCUACGCUCAAUGACACUCUUAAGCUAUGGAACUACUCAACUGGGAAGUUUUUAAAAAUAUAUUCGGGACAUGUGAACAGAGUAUACUGCAUAACUUCUACAUAUUCUGUUACAAAUGGGAGAUACAUUGUUAGCGGUUCAGAAGAUCGAUGUGUUUAUUUGUGGGAUCUUCAGCAGAAAAAUAUGAUUCAGAAACUUGAAGGCCAUACAGACACUGUAAUAUCCGUUACCUGUCACCCAACAGAGAAUAAAAUUGCUUCAGCUGGCCUUGAUGGUGAUAGAACUGUGAGGGUUUGGGUGCAGGAUCCUUGACCUUGAAUAAUGGAAAAACUGUAAGGGGAUGAUGCUGCCCUCUUAUGUCUUCCCAUCUGAUAUUGCCUUCAUCUACAUAUUUCCUUUGAUUUUUCAUGAUUUUUCAUGUCUGAUUUCAAUAUAUUAGACAUGAAAAUCCAAAGGCAAGAACUUACAUAGAAAGAUAAAGGUCUACCCUCCCCCACCCCAAUGUAAAACCGAAUACUCAGUGCUCCCUCUUUCACCAACAGACAGUUAUCAUUAUUUUUUGUUUUUUUAUAGAAUACUAAAAUGGAAUAAGUGACCAUAAAAUGAUAGAUGACAUUUCGUCAAUUUGACACUA